CCAAUCAUAUUUCCACAAGCCGACGAUUACUGAAAUCACCAGAAAACCCAUUCAAUUGUCAAUCUAAUUUCGUCAUCUCAAUGGCCCGUACCAAGCAAACCGCUCGCAAAUCCACUGGUGGAAAGGCUCCGCGCAAGCAGUUGGCGACAAAGGCCGCCAGAAAGUCUGCUCCGGCCACUGGCGGCGUGAAGAAGCCGCACAGAUUCAGGCCAGGGACGGUGGCGCUCCGUGAGAUUCGGAAGUACCAGAAGAGCACAGAGCUCCUGAUCCGGAAGCUCCCAUUCCAGCGCCUGGUUCGUGAAAUAGCGCAGGACUUCAAGACUGAUCUCCGGUUCCAGAGUUCCGCCGUCUCUGCCCUCCAGGAGGCUGCCGAGGCCUACCUUGUUGGUCUCUUUGAGGACACCAAUCUCUGCGCCAUUCACGCCAAGCGCGUGACUAUCAUGCCAAAGGACAUUCAACUCGCCAGACGUAUUAGGGGCGAGCGUGCUUAAUCUCCAUCCUAUCAUCCCUAUUGUGUAGAUAAUGUAGUUUGUUCCUUACUAAAUGCUUAAUCAAUGAAAUUAUCGCUUUUUGGCUGCAAGUGUAUCUUCCAAUUGUGUACGUAAUUAAUUUAAUUCUGAGUGUACUACUACCGUAUUUAGUUGUUAAACAUAGUUUAUUAAUUCAAUUCACGAAUGUAGACAUAAGGCUGUAUAAAUUGUACAAUUUGAAGUUGUUAUAACAGUAUCUUUGAGAUUUACAAGGUUA